AUGGCCAACAUUCCGACAUUCCUCCGAAGCGAUCCCAAACUGAUGCCAAUCAACGACUGGGAGAUGCAGUUCUUCGGCAAAUUGAAGUCAUAUCUGAAUUUAGUUAAGGAUUACGAAGACAUAGCCCUCCAAGAGAUGGCCAGAAGUGUCGUCCCGUGGAAACAGCUGACCAUCGAUGCCAUCAAUAAAAUGCUUCAAUUGAAACAAACGCUCAAAAGCGGCGAUCAAGACAUCGGAACCGAUAGCAAAGACAUACUUCUUGUCGAUUUGAUCCACUGGUUUAAGAACGAGUUCUUCGAGUGGUUUGAUUCAGCCGUUUGUGACAAAUGCCACAAAAAGACCAAAAGUGUCCGAAAUGUGAGUCCAAUCGGCGAAGAAGUGAAAUGGAAUGCAAUGACAGUCGAGUUGUAUGAAUGCGAAGAUUGCGGACAACACUAUCGGUUCCCGCGCUAUAACAGCGCCGAGAAGUUGUUGUCGACUCAGAAGGGGCGGUGCGGCGAAUGGGCCAACUGUUUCACACUGUUGUGUCGGGCGUUGAACUUCGAGUCACGACUAGUGGUGGACUGGACUGAUCACGUGUGGACCGAAGUGUACAGCAAUGCCCAGAAACGAUGGCUUCAUUGCGAUCCGUGCGAAGGUGUCUGCGAUACGCCACUCGUCUAUGAGUGCGGAUGGGCUAAGAAACUGACAUUUUGUGUCGGCUUUUCGGCCCAUGAGGUGCAGGACGUGAGCUGG